AAAAAAAAAAAAAAAAAAGAAAAAGGAAAGUAAAGCAAACCAUACUGAGGGAAAGAAGAAAUGAAGAUAAAGAACAAAGGUAAAGUGUACCCAUCUCCAUCAUCAUCAUCUUCUUCCUCUUCUUCUGUUACUGCUUCUGCCAUUAAAGACAGAGACAGAGAUGUCCUUUCUAUACUAAAGCUUCUUCCUGCUGCCAUUCUCGCUUUAGCUUCUGUUCUUUCUCUUGAAGACCGAGAAGUUCUUGCUUAUAUGAUUACCAGGUCAAUGAAAACCACCACAACUCCAAACCCAUCUUCUCUUUCUCAAGAUUCUAAGAAAAAAUCCUCGAAAAAGCCACUAAACACCGCUACUGCCACCAACAACCACAACAGCAACCGUAAAUCUCCUAUCUUUGAUUGUGACUGUUUUGACUGUUAUACCAGUUUCUGGUUCAGGUGGGACUCUUCUCCUAAUCGUGAGCUUAUCCAUCAAGUGAUUGAAGCUUUUGAAGACCACCUGACCAACGGCGAGCAGUCUAAGAAAAGUACUCGAGGUAAGAAAAAAGACAAAGCGGGUAAACGGGUUGAUGACAAAACAGCUAUUGGCGUUUUAAGUCUACCCGAAAUGCGUGAGAUGGAAACUCCGCCGCCGGAAAUAAAUGAAUCCUCGUUUAUUUCUCCUGAUGGUGCCGUUGCUUCGUCGGGGAUAGCAGAUAAUGGGGAAGAUGUUGAGGAGGAAAAAGGAGUUAAGAAGAAUGAACCUGUAGCAGAGGAGGCGGAGGAGGAGGAGAUUACAGUUGUCUUAAGGUCGCCGGCGGCAGUAAGUAACCACAAGGGUUUGGCAAGGAAGGUAUUGCCGGACGUGCUGGGGUUAUUCAAUUCUCGUUUAUGGUCUCUUUGGAGUCCGAAUGUGUAGUAGCAAAAAAUAAUAGAAAAAAUUAAAUAUUUUUUGCUUUUUUAUAUUUUUUGAGCACUAAAAAAUUUAGAAAAGCAAAAAAAUUAAUAGUUUUGCUGGAAGGUUUUAAGUGCCUGUCUCAAAUCUCGAUGGAAGCUUUAAUUUAAUUUUAGUCUUUUUAUGUUCUUGAUUUUGUUUAA